AUGUAAUAAGAGUAUAAUUGUAUUGAUUAGGACACUCUAAGAAGAGACCAGUAACUUAAUGGGUUAUUGGCAAAGAUUCGAGAUGAUGUUAUGAAAGGUUAUGUUGUAGAGAUUAAGACCAGAGCAUAAACUUAUCAUUAAGUAAAAUAAUUGAUCAAAUUAGUUAGAGUAUAAUUCAAAAUAAAGUUCUAGAGAUUCUUCUAGGUGUAAUUCUUUUAUUAAGAAUCCCAGAUUAAAUCAAGACUAGAUUGAUAAAGUAAGAGAUUUAGACGAAGUAAUUAUAUCAUCAUAACGUGAUGAUAAUCAAUAAAUUAUUAGAUUGUCUAAUUCAUUAAAUUAAUCUCCUCCAAAAGUGAAGAGUGAAAUUGUAAAACCAAUUGUCUUAGAUCUCCAUUUAUAAUCGGAACAAACAUUUUAAUCGUUUCCUAGUAAACAAGAUAUUCUUAAUCAUCUUAACAAUAUAAAUAAUUAAUUAGAUGACAUUGAGAUCAAUUAAGAUACUGGAAAUUUUAUGGAGUUCAUUAAAAUACUAACAAAAAUAUAAUAAGAAUUAGAAGAAACUAUUUAAAACAAUAAUAUUUCUAACAAUUAAUAAAUAUCUAAUGCAAUUUAAAUGAUAAGAACAUUAUGCUUAUUAACUAAAUUUUAUAAAUAAGUUGCAGAUUUUCCACAUGCAAUUAAAUCAUUAAAAUAAAUUAAAAAAAUGUUUGAUAUUUCUGAUCCCUAUUUAAAAGGAAAAAUACAGAUUGAACUAGGAAAAUUAUACUUUCUGAAUCAAUCCUUUAAUAUAGCUCAAUAAAUUUUUUAUGAUGCCCUCCUUCAUUAUGAAAGGUUGCAAUGGAAAUCAGAAAUUGCAUACAUUUUAUUAUGGAUGGCUAAAUUAAACGCCUGGACAAGUAUAUUAUUAAAUUUAAAGAAAUAGAAAAUCUUGAAUCUGCCAAAAAGAUGGUUUAUGGAGCUAUUUCUAUUUUAAAAGAAUAUCUACCAGAUGAUGAUGAAUAAAUAGCUGAAGCUUAUAUAGUUUUAGGAGAAUGUAAUUAUAUAGCUAAAAAUUCUGAAUAAGCAUUAGAAUUUUUAAUGAAAGCAAUAUCAAUUAAAUUUAAAAAAUAUAAUACUUACAAGCACAUCAGUUUUUUAGAGGUAUACAAUUUAGUAGGGUUGACUUAUGGAUUAGUACCUGAUAUUUAAUAGUCACUUAGUUACUUUAUAUAAGCUCUAUAAUGUUUUAAGUAUUUCUUAUGUGUUAUAUAGAUAUAAUUGUGUUUAGAGAGCAUAAAUACUCAAUAAUAUUGCUGUGAUCUAUUAAUCUAUGGGUAAUAUAGAAAAUGCUUAGAAAUGUUAAUCCAAAGCUAAAGAAAUUUAUGCUAAAUUCUUACCAACUUACCAUUGUUAGAUGGAGAGAUUACUUUUAAAUCAAACAUGUCUAUCUCCAUAAUGA